CAUCGCGUUGAUCAGCGUCGGUUCUGAUGGCAGAGGUAAUUUCGGGAUUAAUCGCGUAUUUUAUCCGUUAGAAGUGUAUACGAGUAUGAAUAUUUGUUGGGAGUGCCGGUUAAAUAGAGGGAUCAUUGCGAGAAUGUAUUAUUUACAGUAAGCGUUCGCGCUUCGUUUUGCGCGGGCUAAUUGCGUAGUGACUGCAAUGAUAACCGAAGGGUGGCGCACAGUGGUGCAACAUCGAUUUAGUUAUCGAAUGUUGGUGAACUUUCUUUUUCGGCCAUGACAGUUUCUAAUCGUUGCGUCGGUCAGCGGUUCUGAUGGCAGAGUACGGUAAUUUCGGGAUUAAUCAUGUAUUUUAUCCGUUAGAAGUGUAUACGAGUACGAAUAUUUGUCGGGAGUGUCGGUUGAAGUGAGGGAUCAUUGCGAGAACGUAUUAUUUAUUAUGAGCGUUCGCGAUUGACGACGCUUCGUUUCGAUCGCCGUACCGCGGAUCGAAACUGUACAGUCAUUUGAAUCGGGUGAGUGCAAAGUCCAACGUAAACGAUUCCUAUAUUCAUUCGAGAGAUUUGAAGCGCGAUUAGCGCGCGGUGUACUUUCCAUUAGAUGUGGAAAUUCAGUUCGGCGAAAUCAUAUCGAGCAAAAACAUAAUUGCGUUGCGUGUGCGUGCCUGUACGUGACGACUGCCGCAUACUCGACAAGGUAGUCGAAUCUGUAAAAAAGAAUAACCGCGGAUCGAUUAGAUAAAAAUGGAGUGCGAAAAUGCGGUUACGCCCGAGUUACCUGAUAAUAUUCAGCGACAAAAUAUAUCUGGCCGUACUAACGACAGCGGUUAUCUCGCAGGUGUUAUGGAUAAGAAAAGUGUGCGGUAAAGAUAUGCAUCACGGAUGCAGAUGAUUUCGUAGAUGGCGCUGGUGGCGCGCUAAAUUCCCCGCUUUUAAUACGGGCGCUUGCGUACCCCACGCCAGUCGCGAAUCGGCCUCCGCGUCAGUGGUAUCAGUUGUGUGUUUGUGCGUCGCUCCGCCGUCCGUUACGUUUCUGUUUUCGUUUGCGCGAACGAUUGACGGCGCCUAAACGCGUUUUCAACGAGUGACAUUUCGGGCGAUGGGCAUCCGUGGUCAACCGGAGAAUACGCGACGCGCUCACGCUCCGGUGUCGCGUCCGCGCGAGUAACGGUCGUUUCUUCCGCGAAUCGAGUGACAAACAUCGCCGACUCAGCGAUAAACACAUCGACCGGCCGGCCGUCGCUCUCAUCCCUCUUCGAUCGAGGAUCGCGCUCCCCCGCGCGACAUGGAUCAUCUCCCGGAGUAGCGGCGCGCGCGUGACUGUUGACACAACACGCCGACACCGAGCGUCUCGCAGUCGGAUUAUUCUCCCCCUUCGAAUGUCGUGUGCCUCGCUCGCGAAGUGUGUGUUCCCGUAGAAUGGACACUCGCCAUCGUAACGACGGCGUUGUCAGCAGCGCUGUGCCGCGCAUCGAUCAACCCGUGAGGCAGCCAGGCCGACCCUCGUCGUAACGAAGCGCAGACAGUUUCACAGCGUACAGAGUGAGCUCGCGGAGAGAGAACCGCUCACCCCGUCGGCACCAUUCAGUUUUGCGUCGCUUUUCGAUAACGGAGUAGUAUUGAUAUAAUUUGGAACGAACAUGCAUAUUCCGUCGCUGCUCUCGUCCCUUCGUGCAAUGACAGACGUGCCGUGGAUCGGCCGCUACGGCGAUCCUCGACGAGCGACAAGCGGACGCAGCUGAAAUAAGUUACAAAAGUCUCUCGUCAGUGAUCAACGACAACAUAUCGAUAUAUUUACGCGCGCGCGCGCGCGCACGCGAGCGCCAUAUUCAGUCGCGGAGUGUUGUGUGUCGUAUUAAAAACAAGAGAACAUCCGCGUGUUCGACAGAGUGGCUCCCGUGGAAAAUCGCCUUAACGAGACCGUCGUCGCGGACGACCCGAGACGACCCGAUAAUGCGCGAGUGUUGAUCGGCGCCCGGGUGCCUCGAUCUCUUCCCCUUUCGUCCGUUUCAUCUGUGCGUGCGUAUACGCGAUCCCACAACCAUCGGCACCACGGAGAACGGAAAGAGCACAACGAGCACGACGGGGCCAGCCCUCGGAUACAUUAAAUGAAGAUGUGCCGCGGCGGCGGAUUGAUCGAUCGGUUGCUCCUGCUAGCGGCGUUCGCAAUCACCGUUCAAGGACAGCUGAAAAGUCCACGGAUAACCGAGCACCCGUCCGACAUAACAGUCGCGAAAAAUGAGCCGGUGACGUUGAACUGCAAGGCGGAGGGCAAGCCCGAACCGGUGAUAGAGUGGUACAAGGACGGCGAGCUCGUGCAGACGUCUCCGGGCGAUGCCAAGUCGCACCGGGUUCUACUGCCUACGGGAUCCCUGUUCUUUCUACGGGUGAUGCACGGCAAGAAGGAGCAAGAUGGCGGUGUGUAUUGGUGCGUCGCGAGGAACAAGGCGGGAUCCGUGCCGAGUAGGAACGCCACUCUCACAGUCGCAGUGCUGCGGGAUGAGUUUCGCGCGGAGCCGCAGAACACGAGGGUCGCCGCCGGGGAGACGGCUUUGCUGGAGUGCGGACCGCCUCGCGGCCAUCCGGAGCCGACCCUCCAAUGGAAGAGGAACGGUCACAUAAUAGACCUGGAAGCGACAAAACGGAUAACCCUCGUGGACGGGAGCAACCUAAUGAUAUCCGACGUGAGGCCGGCCGAUCAGGGCAAAUACCAGUGCAUCGCCGAGAACUUGGUCGGCAUCAAGGAGUCCGCGAUAGCAACUCUCACGGUUCACGUGAAGCCGUUCUUCCUAGCCAUGCCGUCGAACCAGACGAUCCUCACGGAUCAGACGGCGGAGUUCGCCUGCAGGGUGGGCGGUGACCCGCCGCCGGAGAUCCUGUGGCGGCGACACGACGGCAAGAUGCCGAUAGGCCGCGGGCGCAUUCUGGACGACAAAAGUUUACGCAUCGAACGGGUGAACCCCGAAGAUCAGGGGACGUACAUCUGCGAGGCGGAUAACGGCAUCGGCACCAUAUCAGCGAAUGCCACUCUUACAGUGCACUCGAAACCGAUAUUCACCAACUUCCCCAAGGACGAGACGGUAAACGCCGGCACUAACGUCACCUUCUCGUGCGCGGCGCGCGGCGCGCCGAAGCCGUCGAUAUUUUGGACCCGGGAGGGCUCUCAGGAGCUAAUGUUCCCCGGCCACACAUAUCAGGGCCACUACACCGUCACGGAGGGUGGAAGUCUAAGUAUCAAGGGCGCCGUCAAGAAAGACGAAGGCUACUACGUGUGCAGCGCUAUUAGUCAGGCCGGCGCCAGCACCGUCACCGUAUUUCUUCAGGUGACGUCCGUCGAGGAGAUACCGCCGCCCAUAAUCGAGCUGGGCCCGGCGAAUCAGACCCUGCCGCUGAAGAGCGAGGCCUGGCUGCCGUGCCGCGCGGUUGGCAUACCGACGCCGCGAGUUCACUGGCACAAGGAGGGCGUGCUCGUGCAACCGGGCGGCCGUAUCACGAUGGCGAUCAACGGCACGCUGUUCAUCGACGACCUGCGCGCCAACGAUUCCGGACUGUACACCUGCAUCGCCUCGUCCGAGUCCGGCAACACCUCGUGGUCGGCGUACCUGACGGUCAGCUCGGGUGCCAGUUUCCACCGGACGCCCGACAUCUCGGCGUUACCGCAGAACCCGAGCAAGCCGCGGAUAGUGAACGCCACCAGCAAUUCCAUCACCCUGACGUGGAGCCCGGGCGACGAGGGCCAGAGCAAGAUUAUCGGUUACAACAUCGAGUACUACAGCAGCAACCUGAACACCGGCUGGGUGGUGGCGGCCACGGGUGUUGUCGACGAUAUCUACACCGUGCCAGAUUUAAGGCCGGAGACCAAUUACGUUUUCCUAGUACGGGCAGAAAACAGCCACGGGCUCUCGCUGCCCGGACCACUCUCGGACGUGGUGCAAACUACUAACGUAAAUCAGCAUACCGUGUCGCAAGUGGAACUGACUCGCAUCAGAGAUCGGCUGAACAGCGAAAUUUUACAUCUCAAAGAGGUGCAACCGUUGUCCAGCACCAGCGUGAAGAUCAUGUGGGAUAUUCUCGGCGCGGCGGAUUUAGUGGAGGGUCUGUAUAUACGGUACCGCGAGGUUUCCGAGAAACCGGAAUAUCAGAUGGUCACGGUGCUCAACGCCGGCGCCACUAGUUACGUGCUGACCAAUCUGAAGAAGUUCAUGCGGUACGAGUUUUUUCUGGUUCCGUUCUACAAGACGAUCGAGGGCCGGCCGAGCAACGUGAAGCUGGUCACCACUCUGGAGGACGUGCCCUCGGGCGCGCCCGAGAACGUUCACGUGGGGAUGAUAAAUAUGACCUCGGCGUUCGUUCGGUGGUCCCCGCCUCCGAAGAACACUCAGAACGGCCAAUUGAUCGGUUACAAGAUUCAGAUCAAGACCAACAGCAGCAACAAGAUCCUGGGUCAAAUGUCCCUGAACGCGUCCACCACGUCGGUGAUCAUCAACAGCCUGACGACCGGCGGCCUGUACACGGCGCGCGUCGCCGGACAGACCCGCGUCGGCCUCGGUCCCUUCUCCAGUCCGACGCUAUUGAACAUGGAUCCGACGCAGCUGACGCCGCAAUUGCCGCCGCGGACCGACCCUAGUCACGGCGGCGCGUCCGUCGUCAGGGAAACGUGGUUCCUCGUGCUGAUGAUUACGAUGACGGUCACUGUGAUCGCCGCGCUGCUGACCGCUCUGUACGUUAGACGUCGACAGGCGAUGAGCAAGCAGCUGGGUCAUCUGAACGUACCGGUGGGCACCGCCAACGAUAUCUGUCAGUUGAACAAGGACACGCUCUGGUUGGAGCGCGGCUGGCGGCCGACCAAUACUCUGCAGGCCGCUAGCGACAAGGACUGCGAGACCAAGUUGCUCAACAAUCAGCAUAUGCUGGCGGCCGGCAUAAUGGGCAUGGCCGGCUCCGAGUACGCCGAGGUCAACCUCACGACGUUCUACAACACGCGUAAGCAGAUGCAGGCGCUACCGCCGGAACCGUAUGCGACCACGACAUUGUGCGUGGGCAGUCGCAACUCGGACUCGAUCGAGACUAGCUGCCAGAAGUCAAACUCGAGCGAUUCGUGCCUGAAACCGGAUUACUCGAGCCUGGAUUCGAAUCAGGAGCCCAACAAGUCGAUGGUGUCGCCGAGCAGCGACAACAUGAGCGGCGGCGAGGCCGUUUACACGGACGAAAACCUGGACAUGCAGAGGAGACAGUUUAGAAUAGCGGGCUCAUCGAGCGACGCGCCGCAAACCGGCUCGACAAUGCCGAACUGGUGCGACAUGUUACCGCCGCCGCCCGAACACCCGCCUCCACUCAGCACGUCGAUGACCGGCCGGAUGCAGCAACACCAGCAUCCGCAUCAGCAACAGCAGCAGCAACAGGUGCCGUUCAGUCCGCAUCUCGGCAAAAGAAAUAUUCAGAAUGAUCUGGAUCAUUGCGGCGCUGGCUCUGGCGCCGGCGCGGGCAAUUCUCAGAGUCCGCCCACUCCGCCCAUCAGAGUGACCAAUGCCUUUAAUCCGUCGCCAACACCUUGGAGCGGCGGCGGGCAGAGUCAACACUCGGAAGCCGGCGCUCACCAGGUAGCCGGCAGCCUUCAGGUUUCGCAGGGCAGAUACACGACGUUACCGCCGCAGACCAAUCCGCCGCCGUUACCGUCGUAUCCGCAGAGCUUCAAUCAUUACGACUACAAGAAUCAGGAGAACGAGUACGAGAGCGGCUCCGUCAUCUACGGCCACCAUCAAAACGGCCUGUCGGACGAUUACGAUUCCGCAUUCGCGCGCUCCUCCAAUCAGCACCUCACGCCGUCGGUCGUGAGCGAAGAGCUCUACCGGCACAGGAACGAGAUGUUCCGCAGCGACAAUCUCUAUCAGCCCGAGAACGACGAGUGGGACAGGAAGUCGUGCGACUCCAACACGCACUCGGACGCGUGCUGCUCGUGCUCGGAAUCCAGCUGCCUGUACGCCGACACCGUGCAGUACAACGCGCAACAAUUCAGCAGCGCGUGCGGUCACAGUAGUAGCAGAACGGGUUCGCGAAGCAGGAGUAACAGGAGCCCGCGGAGGAGAAACAGAACGUCCUCGCCCACGUACAGCAGCGACAGCAAUUAUUCCUGCAUCCCCCAGAGGCAGUGCGGAAGCACGGCUUCGCAGGAAAGAUUGAGACAUCGUAGUAAAGACAAGCUGCCUAGCUUUCCAAGAACGGCCGCUUACAGUCAGCACAAUUCUUCGGGCUCGAACACGAUGAGCAGUACGGGCAGUCAGCGAUACAAUAAACUAAAUAGUAUCUUUAAAAGCGGCAAUAACUCGAACGCUCCGACGGAGUCUAAUCGACUGGGUGACCACCGUGAAAGCUAAAUCCUGUCUGUACGUAGUGAGUACAGUGAGAACUUGAAGGAACGGUCUUCGAUCACAACGAACGAUCAUAGUUCUAAGAGUAUGGGAGGCCGUUUUGCAGUCAACGGACGUCGCGGGCGCUCGUCAAGUUCCCCAGCGCGCCUUACAACAUGACGGCUCGCCAGUUAGUACUCUGAUUUGUUAAUUGCAGGCUCAUGAAAAGAGUAACCCCGGUAACAAUCGGUUGCAGGGACGUGUAUCUUGUGCUUUUUGCGUGCUGCGUUAUUUCGAAGAGGUCUAAUGGGUUUCGUGAGCAAUAAGUAUUCCAUGACUGAAAGCGCUUACGUUUAGCCGAUUAUAUACGGCGGUAAUUUAAGCUCGUAGAGUAUUUCUGUGUUCGUAUGACGCGCAGCGAAAUAUCUUCCGUCACGGCGGAAGUGUAAUUUCAAUAUUCCAGGCUCAAAAGGCGCAAAAACGAAAUCCGCGAUCGAUGUUCGCGACGCUUUAACACUAUGCCGAUAGACCCCGUCAUGCACACGCGACGCACUCGAUUGUUUUUUAUUUGCAACUCGGACAAGGGCUUUCAAAAAAGAAAAAAAGAAAACAGGUUUGCACGUAAUAUUUUUUUUCGGGUGAACACUGCCAAAUAGACCAAUAACGUAUCAUUGUUUAUAUUUGCUUUACUUUCGAUUUCAUAUCAUGCCGAAAGAUGGAAUAAUCUCAAUUUUUGAACAAUAUUAAGAAGAAUAAAAGGGGAGAAAGGAAAAAAUUAUCUUCUCGUCGUUGCAAAUUGCAACUUGCUAUUGCGCCAUGUUUCUCGAGCUGAGCGGUCACGCCGGACUAAUGUCCCAGUUGGCACUUCUAAACUUUGCUAUAAUCUCUGCGAUGUAAACUGCCAUUCCCACUGACGUGCUUUGUGUAAAUUAAGAUAUUGUUGAUUAAAUGAUUUCUUUAAUAAUGACUUGGAAAGUCAUGUGUUGCGGCUCGCGAGUGCCGGGCGAGCUACAAAAGGUCCCGCGCGAUCGCUCCGGGAUUAAGCGCAUGAAUGUCCCGCGUGACAUUUCAGAGGUUUCUUGACGUGGCGAUAGCACAAACGGGGAAGAGAAUACAUGGGUAACGGUCCCGUGACGUAACGGGUUGGUUCGCUCAAGCGCGAGCAAAAGAUUCGGAUCGCGCAACUUGCGAUGCAUGUGAAUCGAGCAAACGCAGCUUGUUAACGGUUGGCUAAUUAUGGAAUUUUGUUCGCAAAAUCAUAUAGCGGCUUAGAGGCAUCUUGGAAUAAUUCCAAUUUAAUUCUAUAAAAAAUAAUAUAUAAUUUUAUGAGUAUAGAAAUAUUCGGUUGAAAUCGCGGAAAGAUGAGCUGAGAUUGCGCUCGGAGAGGAACAAUAAUACGAUCAAUACGAUUUUUAUUGCAAGAAAACUAAUCGGUCUCUUUAACACAUAUUUUUAUGCUGAAUUCAAAUAUGCAAACAGAUUUCUAUCACCCACAGUUUUUUUAAGACAGUUGUUUCUGAUAUUAUUUCAACGUUUUUAGUAUUUUUUAUACUAAAUAGUGAUCCUUAUUUAUUGUGAAUAAUGUAUGGAUAUUCAUUGUUAUAACAUCAGUGAAAAAAAGACUAUGCAAGCUAAAUUAUAUUCUGACAUGUUGAGAUACGUUGCGCAAUCCGUUGUGGAACUCUAAUAUGCUGGCUGACUGUUGUUGAACAAAGAAGAGAGAUGUUCCACGCGAAAUAUGCCACAACAUCGUCGACUGUUACUUUUUAAAUAAAGCAGCAUACACUUAGUAUUAUUAUUCAACUCAAUUUUGUCAAACUAAAGCAUAAUAACUUUACUGAUAGAAAAAAUCUAAAAACAUAUUUGAUUUUAGUAAAAAAAAAUACUAUAGAUUCGUUAUUUUAAGUUUUUGUGGCAAAAAAGUUUAUUUUAAGUUGUGCAAUCACACCGUAUAGCGCAAACUUGCCGCUCACAUCAGCUGUGUUUGCUUGUUCCGCACGGGAUGGAAUGUAAUCCUUCGCGUUACGACAGUGCCCGCCCGAAAAGUUUCACUUACGGCAAGUGCAGCAAUUGUUUUUGCUUGUGAAAUCCAAAUAUAAUAUUGCUCAUAGGCCACCAGCGGCAGCCGCUCGUAUUCACGCCCCGUAUUUGCCAUUAAACCAGCUCGUGGGAAUUCUGAACCCGUGAUAACAUUUCUCAUUUGCAUGUUAGACAGCUAACAUUCGAGAUCAAACGGGGUCGCGUUUAACGCUGAACGCGGAAUGUGAAUAAACAUCUUGGUGGCAGGUGACUGUAAUCGUCCUUAAUGCUGACAAUUAGAGAACGGCAUGAUUACAGUCGCGUCUCUUACGGCAAACGCUUAGCGGGUAGGCAGGCAGGCAUAAUUGUCGUAGCGAAAGGAUUAACGUGUCGCGUUCCGACGAAACCAUUCGCGCUCGGGCGCUCGUGGCCGAUCUUACAAAAGCGUGGCGUUUAUUUUCGACAGUCCGCAUUGUACUCUGGCCACGACAAAUGAAGCAUAUUAUUUUGAAUAUAACGUUCCUAAAUCCUAUAAGGCGACCGAAGACUAAUAUCCACAAGGAUGAGCGAUGUAUAAUUCUUCCAAAACGAACGCGCACGUAGUAAUACGUUUAACGAAAUGAAAUAACAAUAAAUAUAUAUAUAUAUAUAUAUAAUAAAAUAUAUAAUCAUAUCAACAAAAAGAAAACGAUUCGUGUAUAAAUUGUACAAAGUUACUCUAACGAGAUUAGUCAUUAGUUAUUAAUUUAUAUGCCGUAUCAAUUGAACUCGUAUUACGUAAGCGGGAGACGCGAGUAAAGUAUACUCUACAUUACACACGUACGCGACAUAACCGAACGUGUAAAAGUGAGAAAUUUGCUCGCUAAAAAUGUGCGUUUCGAAGCUGUCGUCGACAUAAAACCGAUAUAAAGUGGACGCCUAUUUGAUUCCGAUUUUAUCGGAUAUUUCCAUCGCAGCUGCAGCCUAAUUCAUUUGUGGAAUGGACAAUUAUAAAUGCAGAUUAUAAAUUUUUAAUUUGCGAAAUUAAAAGCAUUAUUGUAUUAAUAUCA